AUGCCGAAUAACCGGUCUGUGCUUGUCACAGGAGCAUCAUCGGGAAUUGGCUUUGCAGUUGCAAAAGAAUUUUCGAGCAGAGGAUAUAAGGUCAUUGCUGGGGCUAGAAGGUUGUCUUCUAUGGAGGAAUUGGCCCAAUUGAAUGUGAAGACAAUCGAAUUGGAUAUCACUUCUCUCGAAUCCGUCAAAAAAUUAAAGCUACUAAUCGAGGCCGAAUAUAAUGGAGAGCUCAUGUAUUUAUUGAACAAUGCUGGACAAGCUUGUAUGGCUCCAGCAAUGGAGGUAUCUGACGAAAGGGCUGAACAAUGUCUUCAAGUUAACCUAUUGAGCCAAAUCAGGGUUACCAGAGAACUAACUCCAUAUGUUAUUAAUGCCAAAGGUGCUAUAGGCUUCACAGGAUCUAUUGCUGGUAUUACAAACCUUCCUUUUGUGUCAAUGUACUCCUGUGCGAAGGCUGCCCUUCUGUCUUAUGCCUCAAGUUUAGCAUACGAGUUAGAGCCAUUUGAUGUUAAAGUUCUUCACUUCAUCACAGGUUCAGUUCCCACUGGGUUCACCGAUAGUGUGAAAUUCGAAACUUCUUAUUAUGAUGAAGAAGGACUAGAAGAUUACUUUGCCGCAAGAUCUGAUUUCGGGAAGAAGGGUCCAACACCAGAAAUCCAUGCCGAGAAGAUCGUCAAUGAUUUUGAAAGUUCUAAACUAGGUGUUGUUGACUACUACAGGGGUGGCAAGGCUUUGUUUGUAUGGUCAACAAAGUUCAUGCCCAGGUUUCUAUUUUCGUUCAUGUUCGUGCGUGCUUUGAACUUACAGAAACUAUUCAGCAACAUCAGGAAGAAGUACAGUUCUUUGAACCCUCUUAGACACAAGAGUUAG